AUGGCGCCGGCCGGGGUGCUGCAGACACCGGAUCCGUCGUGGACGGGUGACGGCUCCGUAUCGCGGACAGACGCGUCGCAGUCGGCGUCGCGACGGAGCUCCGUGGCGCUCGACGGCCACCUUGCGUCCGCAGACCUGCUCAACCCCUCAGACGCGCUUGACCUGCUCGCGCACGUUGCCGACCUGGAACCCGGACACCAGGACAAGGAUGCCGUGCCCGUCCGCACAGCCAGUGCGAGGCAGACGCCGCAUGAUACCAAUCUUCGCUACCCACCCAUAUCUGAUGGCGCCUUGGGCUUUGCCGACGCUGCGGCCCUGAUACAACAUUACCAUGAAAAUUUCCAUCCUUUCUUUCCCAUCGUGUACAAGUCCAUUUUCGAAGGUCACAUCUCGGAGUGGAUCGAGAAGGAGCCUCAUGUACUCACAGCCGUCCUCACCGUCGCAUCAAAAGAGGAGCCGUCGUGGCAGCGCGCCCACGAAGCCUGCUCGCGGCACAUGGAAAGCCUCCUAUCGCCGCUCAUCUACGGCGGCGUCACCGCAGUCGGCGCUGUGGAGGCGCUGCUUAUCCUUGCCGAAUGGGCACCUCAGCCGCCGCACGAGAUUUCGUCCAUUGGCUGCGGAAAGGAGGAUUACGGCGCGUGGAUGCUCGUCGGCGUCGCCAUUCGGCUCGGCUACCUGCAAAGGCUGGAGCAGACGGGAUUACAGGACCCUCCAGAGACUCCGUCAGAGAGCUUCAGUCGCAAAAAGAUUGCGUGGGCGGCAUGUUAUAUGAGCGACCGCCAAGUUUCUAUUCGUCUCGGGAAGGGUUUUUGGUCUCGAGGUCCGGGGCCAGCGUCAAACCUGCGCGCCGUCGACUUUCCUUCGCUGCAGUCACAACAUCUGGGACCCGAUAAUAUGGGACUACUGUUCCAGGCGCAGCUCGAACUAACUCAACUAUUCAGCAAUGCUCACGAUAUUCUGUACUCUUCAACAAGCCAUCGCGAGCAGUUGUAUGUCGGUGGUGAAUAUGUUCGAUACAUUGACGAUUUUGCUGCCGUGUUGAGAAAGUGGAAGAUGACUUGGGGGGGAUAUAGCUUCACGCCUCAUGUCAAAGCUUCUUUGAUUCUGUCGUAUGACUUUUUGCGCUUGUACAUCAAUGCAUUCGCUUUCCAGGCGACCAUGAACAGGGCCGCGGCCAAGACGCGCAAGGCCAACAAGAACCACUUCACAGGGCCGCUUUUUGCCGACUUGGCCGCCGCGCCAGACGCCCGCUUCAUUUACGAGUCGAUUGACGCGGCGAAUUCCCUUCUCAGCAUUCUCAACAGCUUCAUGGACCCAAUUGCAGGCUUAAAGUACAUGCCACUCAAGUAUUCGUUGUUUGUCAUUUACGCUGCUGUUUUUCUCUUCAAGGCUUGGAGCGCGGGCGCCAUUAGUAACGAAGGCAUUACUGGCGUGCGCCGUGCCAUUCUCGCCACCAUUGCCCAGCUGCAAAAGACUUCCAAUAGCACGCAGAGCAUCGGACAUCGCUAUGCGAGAUCGCUGCGUCUGCUGUGGAGGAAGCGACCCAGUAGGAGGGGCACCAAGCACGACAGCAGCCAUGCGGCCCAACCCGCUCCGAAUAUUCCCCUCGAGCAAUCGAUGCCUGGACCGCAAGGUGGUUUCGACGGUGGCUUGCAAGGGGGCAUAGAAUUGGAUGCGCUGAAUGGUUUCUCGUGGCGCGACUUGGACUCUUUGGGCCAGUAUAUUUCCAAUGAUGCGUCCAUCCAUACGAAUGACGGUGUGUUGACCACGCCCGAGUUUGAUUCGGAGCACAGUGCGAAUGCGGUGGAUGCCCUCCCCGUUGAUUUCGCGUAUCAAAAUAUGUGGAAUGGUGUUGCCCGAGGCGAGCAGAGUUUUGUGAUCCGGAGAUGGUACCCGGUGCCUGAGGUGACAAAGUUGCAUGUCCACAUUGGCCACAGCGACAUUGGUAUGAGCCGCGACUCAUGCGGCGCGCCUCCUUUUGCGCCCACGACCUCUUCUGCGACAUUGUUCUCGACACGGCCAUUCUCCGGAUUUGGCAUCACACCCCCUCCAAUUGGCCAUGGCAUCCGUGGCAGCGAGCAAUUGGACGCAGUCGGUGCGGCUGAUGGCGCAGAGGCCGGCGUCGUCGGCGUGUUUGUCGUCGUCGCCGCUGCGCAGCAGGAUUGGCACCAGACUAGGAGCCAUUAUCUUUGGUGGUUGCUCAGCUGCGGCUCAGCGGUUGCCGCCGGCACGCUUCUGCAGUGGGCUCGGCGGCGCAGGGAGGCAUCAGUCAACAUACUGGCAGGUUACAGCGCAUCUAGCAACAUAUGGGCAUACCUUUAG